CAGCACCCCGCGCCGUCGCCCUCCCCUUCCUCGCCCCGCCCGUCUCCUCCGGUCCUCGUCCACGCUCGAUCGCUCGUCGUUCUUGUCGUCGUUCUGUGUCGCAGCACACCGGAACUCCGCGCCGGGCCCUACGCCUCUCUGCCGCUCAUGCACACUCCCUCUCUCGCCCUUUCCCUUGCUUGUCUGUCUCGACUCGCGCUCGCUCACGGAACGAUCCCUCCGUCCUCUGACGCCUCAUGGCCAUGGUGAGUCCUGCUCUUUCUCUUCUUGCGCUUCUCUGUUGUACCAAUCGCUGCUGUGGCCUGUCCAUAUCACCCCCCACCCCCUUCUUCUCCCGAUCGGCCUGCCAAACCUCGACGGCAACCUACAAGCCUUUGCCUGGUUUUCCUCCCUCCCGCUGCCCGUCUCAGCUUUUCUUUUUUCAUUUCUUCUCAAUUUUUUUCUUGACCUGCGUUCAUCCCUGUCCCGCCACCAGCCUUGCAGUUGCCUCUGCGGCCAGACGCCACGCCCACACGCGCACUCGAGCACACUAACUCGCCCUCUCUUUCUUCACUCGCCUGUUCCCUUCCAAUCCCAUCCUCUCGGAUCCGUGUCGAGUACCCGAUGCUAGGACAGCCUUGCAUUAGUCCCGCUAGUCUGGAUCUUCGAGGAAGUGAGCUGGCAGACACGAUAUAGCGCGCAGAACAGCAAAAGCACGGCACUUGUCCCUGUGAGCCGCACCAUUUUUAAAACCCCUUCACGGUCGCGUGGGAUGUUUGCCUCUUCGUGCUGAUCUCGCUGUUGCUGCCUCUUGGGCUUCCAGAGGCUCUCGAUGCUACUCGUCGCCCAUCCAAUCGCCGUCCUUGCGCAACGUAAAAUGGCGGUGACCUCGUUUUGCGACUUGUAAAACAUUGUUCCUUCUCGUCAGCUCAACUUCUUCUAGAUCCGGCUGCUUUCCUGCCUGCCUUUGCUGCUAUUGCUGUUUCUGCUGCUGCUGCUGCUGCUGCUGCUGUUGUUGUUGUUGUUGUUGUUACUGUUCAUCCUCCCUUGCCAUCCCUCGACGGUAUAUGGCGCUCGCUUCCGCGAGCCUUCCAACACACACGCGCACGCACACACAAACAACCACAAAAACACGAACACUUCCCUUUCAGACUUGUCCCUCUUCCUCUCUCCUCUUUCCCAUCCGAACGUCGCCUUUGUGGCUUCUGCGUCAGCUCUGCAUCGAGUCAAGCGUAUGAACACAAGCACGACGCUUCAAUCCCUUUUCUUAAAAUAAUGCUGUCAGCGAUUGGAUUGGCGGACGACGCUUGAGUUGACAAGGUCAUUGCUCGCCUUCUCACGUCUUCGCUUUGGCCGGAUUACCCUGCUGCCUCGCUGAGACUCGGGAAGAACGCAAGCCUGGCCAAACAGGAAAAAAAAAAUUCUAAUCUUCUUAUCUGCUGCCAACCUUCGCCCAAACUCCUCUUAGCAUCGCAUUGGCUGGUCACUACUCUCAAGCAUUGCGCUCCCCCCAUCUUCUGCUCCCUUCUCGGCCAUGACGCCAAAAUCUGCGCUUUCCCAUGAUGAACGAUCCACAACACCUACAGAGUCCCAGAAGAACUUCGAUCACACGCUUUCUCGUCUUGAUGAUGCUACUAGUUCAACUCUGAUCCGAUACUUUCAGAAUCUCGAACAAGCAGAGUCGCCGGCUAGUUCGGCCGCGCCAAAGUACCACACAGGCAAGCUUCCAAACAGCAAGGUCGCCGAUGGCAAGCCGCGGUUGCUGCUCAUGGGCCAGCGCCGGAGCGGCAAAUCGUCCAUCUCCAGCGUAGUCUUUCACAAGCUGCCCCCAAGCGAGACGCUGUACCUCGAGACCACGACCAAGAUCAGGAAAGAUUCAAUGCACUCAUUCAUGGAUUUCCAGGUAUGGGACUUUCCCGGCCACUUGAAUUACUUCGACCCUGCUUUCGACAGUGCCGAGAUAUUCUCAGAGAUUGGCGCCCUGAUCUGGGUCAUCGACGCACAGGACGAGUACCUAGACGCCGUAGCGCGCCUCAAUGCUACUAUUCUCAACCUUCAGACAACCUAUCCGGCGAUAAACAUUGAAGUUUUUGUGCACAAGGUCGACGGUCUCUCUGAUGACUACCGCAGCGAUACCUUUCGCGACAUAGUACAGCGCGUGCAGGACGAGCUGUCAGACGCGGGCGUUGAUAGCGCACCGGUGCAUUUUCACCAGACCAGUAUCUACGACCACUCGAUCUUUGAGGCUUUCUCCAAGGUCAUACAGAAGCUCAUCCCGCAGUUGCCAACGUUAGAAGCGCUGCUCAACUCUCUGUGCUUCAACUGCCGAUUUCAAAAGGCGUACCUUUUCGACCUGGUGUCCAAAAUCUAUAUCGCUACAGACACAUCCCCAACAGAUAUUGGAAGCUACGAGAUAUGCUCGGACUACAUUGACGUCAUACUAGACAUCACCGAAAUCUACGGCCAGCGACCGGUGGACACUGGGCAACUUGAAGGUACCGAGCAGGACCAAGAAGGGUCACAGGCUGUCAACAAAGCGAAUGGCUCGGACUCGCCAAAUUCAGCAGGUAUUUUGCAGGAGAGCGGCAACGGCCCCGCAGAGAGUUUGAUAACAAUGGAGAAGAAGGGCAACUAUCUCUACCUGAGAGAAGUGAACACCUAUCUAUGCCUCAUAUGCAUAAUGGGUGACAACAGCCCAACAGAGGGCAAGGCUUUGAUUGACUACAAUGUGGGCGUGUUUCAAGAAGCAUUGCGGCAGGUCUUUCCACGCUGAAAGUAUGGGCACGCUCCGGACGAGAUUAGACGAUAUAUCCCUUGUGCAAUAGUUUUGGCCUUCGUUUGGUAUGUACCCAGCUUUAUGAUGCUGCAUGAAACGUGAAUGGAAUCAUGAGUUUUUUUUUCUUUUUUUUUU